UCAACCUCAACUUCGCCCUUACCUCUUGUCGACUUUUUCCUCCUCCUCCUCCACAACCUAUCCCCAUUGCCUCUCCACACAACCUCCUCCAAGAUGCUUUCCAGUCGCUUAAUAUCACGAGCCGUUGCUCGCCCUGCCUUCCAAAAGUCUACCCUCCCCGCCGUCGUCUCCUCGUCCUCUCUGUCGCGAUGGAGCCGUGGAUAUGCCUCUGCAUCUGAGGAGAAGGAUCUCGUCAUCAUCGGUGGCGGCGUGGCCGGCUACGUCGCUGCUAUCAAGGCUGGCCAGGAGGGCAUGAAGGUGACAUGCAUUGAGAAGCGCGGCACCCUUGGCGGUACCUGCUUGAACGUCGGCUGUAUCCCCUCAAAAUCGCUCCUCAACAACUCGCACCUCUACCACCAGAUCCUCCACGACACCAAGAACCGCGGUAUCGAGGUCGGCGAUGUCAAGCUCAACCUGGCCAACUUCAUGAAGGCCAAGGAGACUUCCGUCUCCGGCCUGACCAAGGGUAUCGAGUUCCUCUUCAAGAAGAACGGCGUCGAGUACAUCAAGGGCACCGGCUCUUUCGUCAACGAGAACGAGAUCAAGGUCGACCUCAACGAGGGCGGCGAGACCAGUGUUCGCGGCAAGAACAUCCUCAUCGCCACCGGUUCCGAGGCCACCCCCUUCCCCGGUCUUGAGAUUGACGAGAAGCGCGUCAUCACCAGCACCGGUGCCAUCGCCCUGGAGGAGAUCCCCAAGACCAUGACCGUCAUUGGUGGUGGUAUCAUUGGUCUUGAGAUGGCCUCCGUCUGGUCGCGACUUGGCACCAAGGUCACCAUUGUCGAGUUCCUCGGCCAGAUCGGUGGCCCCGGCAUGGACACUGAGAUCGCCAAGGCUGCCCAGAAGCUUCUCAAGAAGCAGGGUAUGGAGUUCAAGCUCAACACCAAGGUCGUCAGCGGUGACAAGUCUGGUGAGCUGGUGAAGCUCGAGAUCGAUGCCGCCAAGGGUGGCAAGCCCGAGACCAUUGAGUCUGAUGUCGUCCUCGUCGCCAUCGGCCGACGACCUUACGUUGGUGGCCUCGGCCUCGAGAACAUUGGCCUCGACACCGAUGAGCGCGGCCGUGUUAUCAUCGACUCCGAGUACCGAACCAAGAUCCCCCACAUCCGAUGUGUCGGUGAUGUCACCUUCGGCCCCAUGCUUGCCCACAAGGCCGAGGAGGAGGCUGUUGCUGUCGUCGAGUACAUCAAGAAGGGUUACGGCCACGUUAACUACGGCGCCAUCCCCUCGGUCAUGUACACCCACCCCGAGGUCGCCUGGGUUGGCCAAAGCGAGCAGGACCUUAAGAGCCAGAACAUCCCCUACCGAGUCGGCACCUUCCCCUUCGCUGCCAACUCCCGAGCCAAGACUAACCUCGACACUGACGGCCUGGUCAAGAUGCUUGCCGACCCUGAGACUGACCGUCUCCUCGGUGUUCACAUCAUCGGCCCUAACGCCGGUGAGAUGAUUGCUGAGGGUACCCUGGCUCUGGAGUACGGCGCGUCCACUGAAGACAUUGCCCGAACCUGCCACGCUCACCCCACGCUCGCCGAGGCUUUCAAGGAGGCCGCCAUGAACACUCACUCCCAGGCUAUCCACUUCUAA